CUUUCUGAGCGGCAGGCCGGUUUACGGCUUUGCGUUAAAAUAAAUAAAUAAAAACACAGGAGACAGGCUUAAAGGGAGACGAGAGCGAUUGACAUUUUUUGUGCAAAACUAACAACACUCCCCUUGGUCAUCGAGGGUUUUUCAUGGAGUUGCACAGCUGGUAACUUGCAAUCCAGUGUCCAUGUCUUUUCUGAGGUGGGUCUCGGAGAAACUGAGCGUCGAGAGCUUGAGGGAUCUGGAGCUGUUUGGAGAUCUGCUGCGUGUGUUUGUGUUCUCCUCCAUGCUGCCCCUGACAGUCCUGCUGUGGCACAGCCUAAAGAGACUGAAGGCUAAUGAAGAGAGCUGUGAAUCUUUAGCCUCUCUCCCUCACCAGGAAGCCAUGGGUAGCUUUCUGCCAGACAGUUGUUACUAUGACCUUCUCACCAUCAUAGGACGAGGUUUGGAGGAGCUGAUGACUGUAAACCUGGGCAGGUACCGGCCCACAGGGGAGCCCGUGUGCAUCCGCAGGAUCCACCUGGAGUCCUGCACCAGCGAGAGGGUCAGCUUCCUGCAGAGUGAACUUCGUGUUUCCAAACUAUUUCACCAUCCCAACAUUCUGCCCUAUAGAAGUAUCUUUAUAGCAGAAAAUGAACUGUGGGUAAUCACUCCCUUCAUGGCGUAUGGCUCUGCCAAGGAUCUGAUCAGCACCCACUUCACCGACGGCAUAAGUGAGCUGGCCAUCGCCUACAUCCUGCAGGGGGCGCUCAAAGCCCUGGAUUAUAUCCACCACAUGGGCUACGUACACAGGAGUGUGAAGGCGAGUCACUUGCUCCUGUCCUGCGACGGGCAACUCUACCUCUCUGGGCUACGGAGUAUCUUCAGCCUGAUUGGGCAUGGGCAGCGAGCGCGCGUGGUGCACGACUUCCCCCAGUACAGCGUCAAGGAGCUGCCCUGGCUGAGCCCGGAGGUGCUACAGCAGACACUGCAGGGGUAUGAUGCCCGCUCUGAUAUAUACAGCCUGGGUAUCACUGCCUGCGAGCUGGCCAAUGGACACGUCCCAUUCAAAGACAUGCCGGCGACACAGAUGCUGCUGGAGAAGCUGAACGGCACUGUUCCCUGCCUGCUGGACACCAGCACCAUACCCCCUGAGGAGCUCCGCUUGGGGGCCGACCCCGGAGCAAACGGAGAGCCCAGCCCGCACCCCUACAACCGCACCUUCAGCACACACUUCCACAGCUUUGUGGAGCUGUGUCUGCAGAGGGACCCUGAGAGGAGACCGCCAGCCAGUGCUCUUCUCGGACAUUCCUUCUUCAAGCAGAUUAAGCGGCGUGCCUCGGAUGCGCUCCCCGAGCUGCUCCGCCCUGUCUCCCCCAUCACACACUUUGAGUGCGCCCAGCCUCACGACUCCCCCACGGGACCAGCCAGCCUGGAGACCAGCCUGAGCCAGCUGGAGGUGGAGGACUGGGACUUCUGAGAGAGGAGGAGGAGACUGAACAAGCUAGAGGUUAUAGGACAGGGACUUCUAAGAGACGGGAGGGAGAGGAGAUAGGGGAGGGACUGAGACAACUGGAGGAGGGAGUGAACACAGCCGAGCCCCCACCUGAAACUCUCGUCCACACUGAGCUCCUGAAGCCGGCCGCUGUGUGACUGAGAGGCGGUGAGAGCAGCGCAGGUUUGGAGGAGUGCAGCAGUGUUGACGAAACAUUGCUCUGACUGUUCGUUUUCCCAUCUUCUCUCUCUUAACGUAGUUCAGUCUCUGCACAGACAAAGCUUAGGGUACAGUAAACUCAAAUUUUUCUGUCUCCCUUCAUGAUUUUGUCUUUUUUUUUUUUUCUCCUCCAGCAAUUUUUAUUAAUUUUUUUUUUACAUCCUGUUAAAUGGUAAUUUCUGACUCGACAGUCAGUUAUAUUGGCUAUACACAUUUUUUAGGAAGAGUCUUUAACAGUGAUAAAAUAAAACUGUUCUUUGUAAUCACCCCAAAAACACAGCGACUGUCGGCCUGUGUCUCUUGACGGCGUUCAGGUCUUUGUUGUACACCUUUAGCCUCGGAAGUCCCUUCCAGUCCAGUUCUUUGUCCCAAGCAGGUGCAUCUUGAGCCAAACUAAUUGUGGCCCUGAUUGGAAUGGAUCACCAGGGGCAGAGUUGUGCACCACAGGCUUGAAAAUGUAACAUCCACUUCCAGCAUCAGAGCCUAACGGAGGAGUUCAGGACCCUGGCUGCUGGUUCAGUGGGGGAUGAGACUGGAAUGGCAUGCCUCAGUCUCAGGGAUGUUUGUCUGGGAGGGGGAGACUGAACUGUGGUGUUUGGUGCUGCUCUGAGCUCUUCAGGUCUUUUUUUUAAUUUGAAAUGCUCUGUGUGUUUCUUUUAAAUCUACUACUGAGGUCAGCGAACCACAAAUAAAACUUGACUAUGGAGAAA